AUGACGAAGCAGUCUAUAAAAAUUGCAGAGCAAUUUCUAAAGAUGGAAGAGUUAAGAGUGAGAGAGUAUGACAAGGAGAGAGACAGACAAGCUGUGGAAGAGAUGGAGAAGAGAUGUGAGCUUGGGCUGCAAGCAGGGAAGCCCUCUCUCUGUACUGAUCUCAUGGGCGACCCAACUUGCCGAAUCCGUCACUCUCCCUCCUCUCUCAUGCUGGUUGCAGAGUAUGGAGAAGAAAAAGAGAUAGUUGGAGUGAUAAGAGGAUGUAUAAAGACAGUGACGAGAGGGAAGAAGAAGCCAAUGAGCAGCAGCAGCAACAGCUUCCCUAUCUAUGCUAUGGUUGCUUACAUUCUUGGACUGCGUGUAUUACCCACACACAGGCGUUUAGGCAUUGGGACAAGACUAGUGGAGAAGCUGGAGGAGUGGGGCAAGGAAGAAGGUGCGGAAUACGCAUACAUGGCCACAGAGUGCACCAACGAGGCAUCCAUCAACCUCUUCACGUUAAAAUGCGCCUAUGUAAAGUUCCGCACCCCUACGAUUCUGGUCCAGCCGGUGCACGCACACUACAAGCACAUAGGCUCAGGAAUCACAAUUGUUCAACUCGCGCCGCAACUAACCGAGUCAAUCUACCGGCGAGUCUUCGCCAACUCGGAGUUCUUCUCUAAGGACAUAGAUGUAAUUCUCUACAACAAACUCAACUUGGGCACAUUCAUGGCCUUACCCAAGGGAACUCUUCACAAGUGGGACCCAAGAUCAGGCCACCUUCCACCAUGCUUUGCUAUCUUGAGCGUAUGGAACAGCAAAGAAGUUUUCAAAUUUCAGGUGAAAGGAGUAUCGGUGCUAAAGUACGCCUUGUGCAUUGGGAGUCGAAUAUUAGACGCUUGGAUGCCAUGGCUGAGGAUACCAUCCAUACCAGAUGUGUUUCGACCGUUUGGGGUUUAUAACUUGUAUGGGUUGCAUAUGGAGGGAGGAAAGGGUGCUUCGCGGCUUAUGAAGAGUCUUUGUGCAUUUGCACAUAAUAUGGCCAGUGAUGAUGCUGGAUGUGGGGCCCUGGUGGCUGAGGUAGGAAGUAUGGACCCAGUGAGACAGGCGGUCCCACAUUGGAGGAGGUUUUCUUGGGCUGAGGACUUGUGGUGUAUGAAGAAAUUAUCAACGACUGUGGAAGAUGAUGAUGAGACUUGUGGGGUCCCCAACUGGAUUACUUCUCGUCCAUCCUCACCAGUGAUUUUCUUUGACCCCCGAGAUUUUUGACUUUUUUUUUA